AUGGUUCAUCCUACCAUGAUGCAUCACCCAAUGGACGGCUACUACUACGCCCAGCCCCCUUUUGACAUGGUCGACUACUAUCACCAGCCGAUGAUGGAUUACGAAGAAUAUGCCGAAAACCUCUCACGACCGAGGUUGACCAAGGAACAAGUUGAGACCUUGGAGGCCCAGUUUCAGGCGCACCCCAAGCCCAGCAGCAACGUCAAGCGUCAAUUGGCUCAACAAACGCACCUUAGUCUCCCUCGAGUUGCAAACUGGUUCCAGAACCGACGGGCCAAGGCGAAGCAACAGAAACGACAGGAGGAAUAUGAGCGCAUGCAAAAGGCAAAAGCGGAGGCAGAGGAGGCUGCUAAGAGAAAGUCUGAGUCUUCAGUGCCUGAGUCUUCAGAUUCUCAACGUUCAGCGGAGGCCAAAGACGAGAAGAAGCAAGAUGACAGCAAAGCCCCUACCCCUAAACCGUCAAAGCCAGCAUCUGACGACCAAAAACAAUCCGAAGCUCCUGCUGAGUCGAAUCACCAGCAGACCCGCAGUGAAUCUAAUCGCGUAGCUAGCCUUGCGUCUCUGCAGAGGGCCAUGGACGCCGCCGCUCAGUACCAAGGUGGUCAGGGCACGACAAGCAUGGGCGGGUCCGGAUCAGUGUCCCCAACCACAUCGCUGCCGAAUGACGCAGACUCGGCCGUUUGGAGUUCAGUAAACUCAACAAACGGAGAGCUCUCUGUUCCCGGGUUAGAGAACUCGCAGUCUUUCUCUGAUUACCGUUCAGCUAGCGACGCGGGUGCUUCGUACAACUCAAUGCAAUUUGCCCUGCAAGCAGAUGCGGCUAACGCGCGUCGGGGUUCGUCUGAUGUGCUUGCCGACUCGUUCGAUGGUAUCGGCAUCAGCGCCUCGCCUAGCCUCUCGCAGCUUGGAAACCGGACAGACCGCCCGGCCUGGAAAGAAACCGGCAAGGAGCUUGAUCUCGCUGCCCGCCGAAACCGACCGAGGCCUGCCGCGAGUUGGCACGUCGAGGUCCACUUCAAUGCUCUCUACUUCGAUCAUGUCGCCAACGACACGGGGCCAGAACUACGGCACUGUGAAGCAAUCCAAAUCUGCCCAGAACCUCGGUUCGCGCUACGCCGGGCUCCGCCCACUCCAUUGACCCCCGAGGAUCUGCAUCACCUGCUUCCCACCACCCCUUCCACCGAUGGCUACUGCCUGUCCGCGCAGCCAACCGCCCACCUCUUCCCCACGACGCAACCAAUGCAGAUCAACAUCGCCUCGCCUCCCGCUACACCUCUAGGGAUGGAUAUAAUGUCCUCAUACCCAUAUCACAGCGUCGCGCCGCCCAUGUCCGCCCCGGCCAACUUCACAUCCUUUCCAGACUACAGCUGUGACGGCAGUUUCCAGGGAAGAAACUGGGAAGCCACUUCGAUGCCAUCUCCGGAAGUCCCCUUCCAGAGCCAAUGCCACCAAAUGAAUUUCUCAUCGAUCCCGUACGAUCACGCCCUAGACCAAAGCCAGUCUGAGAACGGGCCCUCUCAGUCUCCAUUUGGCGACGCAGAUAUACAAGCGCCUGGUGAUGCCAGCAAGGCCACCGAAUUUCAUCUGUAUGAGUUCCCAGACCAAGAAGAAGCGCACCGGUUCGUGGCCCAGCAGCUACCCAACCAGAAGCCCAAAGCGUACACUUUCGCCGACAACCGGACCCCCACCAAUUUCGGCUAA